CGCGAAUUAGCGUCGCACAGACGCGCUGUCUCGCUUAAAAAUAAUACACAACUCCGUCUCGCUCCCUCCCGGAAGUCCGAUAAUUCCGAUAGUUCUUGUGGGUGCUAGCGAUACCGCUUCAAAAUGGUCCAAUCGAACGAGAAAAACGAGGAUCAACUGAUGGCCAAGCGGAUCUCGGAUCUUCAGGAGUGGCUCAAGUCGCAGCCGCAAUUACCGCAGAAUAUAUCCCGUCUGCUUCUGCGACGCUUUCUGCACACGACUCGUGGCGAUCCAUCCGCCGCCCAGCGCCUCUUGGAACUCAAUUACGGACUGCGCAACAAGCAUGCCCACAUCUUCAUCGAUCGCGAUCCUCUGGACGACAGCUCUCAGCAGCUGCUGCAAGUCGCAGAUCUGGUGCCGUUGCCCGGUUUGACCCCGGAAAACAACAAGCUGCUCUUUUACCGCCUGAUCGACUUUGAUGCGGACAAGUUCAACUUCACGGCUGCGAUCAAGGUCUUCUUCAUGGUGGCCGACUGUCGCUUUGCGACGGAGGACGAGGAGCGCCUGUCGGAUGGGGAGAUACCCGUCUUCGACAUGGCCGGCUACACGCUGCGCCACCUGACCAAAACCGCCCUGGGUGCCCUGCGCGUCUACAUGAAGUUCGUCCAGGAGGCGCAUCCCGUGCGGCUCAAGGAGAUCCACGUGCUGAACUGCCCCUCGUUCGUGGACAAGGUGAUGGCCGUCGUGAAGCCCUUCAUCAAGAGCGAGGUCUUCAAGCUGAUCCACUUCCAUCUGCCGGAUGCCGAGACCCCGUAUCGUCACUUCCCGCGCUCCAUGUUGCCCGAGGAGUACGGCGGUGAGGCCGGGAAAAUGUCCGACCUGAAGCUCCAGUGGAUGCAGUUGCUCAAGGAGCAGAGGGACUAUCUGAUGGAUGUGGAGAACUGGCAGAUAAACAAGACCAAAAAGAAUGGUCAGCGAAAGUCGAGUGAUUCGGGCGUUACACAAAGUCUUCGAGCCCUGGAAAUCGAUUAGUCGCCGUGCGCACAACUGUACCUUUGGGUGUUUUCACAUUCUUCUGGGUUUUGCGAUUUCCCCUGAGUUACCUUUUGGGUUAUAGUUACAUAAUUCCAAUUAUUAGCCCAGAGGCACUUUUUCCAAAUCCUCGUGAAUGUGAAAAUCUAUUGUAUUUCUUUUUGUUCUCGUUUUCGUUCUACGGCUCUAUGUAAAUAUACGCUAUGCUUAAAGAGAA